UUGCCGAUGUGCUGAUGCAGGUUGACGUCGUUCAUUACCCUUCCUCUCUGUCUCUAUUUCUCUUGCGUGAGAUACCAAUACUACUCCACUUGGAAAAGGUAGGGAGUUGGAAAGCAUCCUUGUUCACCCGGAAGAAAAGAAAAGAAAUUGCAUGUGAGAGGAGAGAAAGAGAGACUUGAAAAUCAUGGAAGGCGGCGAUGACGACCACCACGAGGUCGCCCUCCAGAACCUCUACCGCAAAUUUAUCACGGGUUGCCACAUCUUGCAUUACCACGGGGUUCUCGACGCUUAUGGUCACCUCUCGGUCCGGCACCCUUUUGACCAGCACAUGUUCAUCAUGUCCAAGUACAUCGCGCCCGGCACCAUCUCGUCCCCGGACGACCUGAUCAUCUACUACGUCGACAACGCCGAACCGCUGGACCCCUCGUCGACGAAGGGCUACUCCGAAAGGCACAUUCACUCCGAAGUAUACAAGCGGCAUAGAAACGUCCAGGCCGUGAUCCACAGCCAUGCUGAGAGCGUAAUUCCCUACACCAUCUCAGGGGUCCCUCUGCGGCCGUGCUACCACAUGGCCGGGUUUCUGGGCCUGGGGUCCAAGGGCUGUCCUGAGGUGUAUGACAUUGC